CCAUACCCUACGGCUAUGCAACAGUAGUCAUGAUGGUAAUUUUGGUGAAUCAUCAUCUGUAUUUAUUCCGUAGUUGAGAUAUAUUUCUCUUUAGAAAAUUAAAAUCGUAGAUUUAAAAAAAAUGUCUUUAACAGAAGAAGAAUUAGAAUUGGUGGAGCAGCUCCGGACAUCAACUUCCUCCCUUUUAACACCCACUGAAUCUCAAGAUGAUGCUUUUCUUGUGCGAUGGAUACGAGCUCGAAACAACGACCUUCAAUUGGCAGAAGAAAUGUUGAAAAAUUCAAUAACCUGGCGAAGUACAAAUUCCAUCUCGUCAUUACCAACGAAAGAAAUUAAUCCAAUUUUUACUGAGAAAUUCCCAAGAAAAUUAGAAGGUCAUGAUAAAGAGGGUCGACCUGUGACCACGAUCCCGUUUGGCUUGUGGGACGCCGCCUACACCGUCUCAACCCCCGAAGUAACGACUGAAUUUCGAGAAUAUACAUUUCAAGGAUGUGAAUUACUCAUGAAUGCGAUUAAAGAAGCGGAUCAAAAAAAUCCUGAUUCGAGAAUUACACAAUUUGUCAUCAUCAUCGACAUGGCUGGAUUUUCGUUCAUGACUUUACUCAAUGUUUAUGCCGUCCAACUGGGAUUGUCCAUGUUAUCCGAAUAUGAGGCAAACUACCCUGAGACGCUCAGCUCCUGUUUUCUCAUAAACUGCACCAGUGCUAUUGGAAUGCUGCUCAACUUGGUCAAGGGAGCUUUGGCUGAGAAAACUUUUAAUAAAAUUAAGGUGCUCGGAACUUCAAUGGAUGAAUGGCAGCCUGCACUAUUGGAUGCGAUUGAAGAAAACGAGUUAUCUGUGCAGUUUGGAGGCGUGCGGUUGGACUGUGAUGAAGGGGUCGAGGUUGAAGAGGGCGUGGAAUGCUUGGAUGAUAAUUCGGAUGAUGAUGAAUUCGUUGAGGCAAGUGAAGAGGUGGUGGAAUAAUUAUUAUUUUGGUUCCAUUUGUAAUUACGAUAUUGAAAUAAAUAUUUGUAAUAAAUUGAUAAAACUGACACAAAUCAAUAAA